UAAUUUGUUUCUCGCUCGGUAAAUAUCACACAUUUGGGUUCAGAACUUGGUUGGAGCGGAAAAAUCAAUAAACGACCAUUGUAGACUAAGCAGUAGAACAGGAUAGAACGAGGUUGUGGUUACUCUGUACAAAAAUCUAGAUUAUUGAAGUUCGGUAAAAUUGCAUUCUUUUAUAUGUUACUAAAUACUUUCAUAUACACUUAUAUAAUAAAUGUAGAUCAAGAUAAACGUGAAUGUCGAUAAAACCCACCGUAUGUGACAUCCUCGUGAUUGCAGUGAAUAAAUAAUUGGCAAGAAUAUAUGCAUAAAUGAGGACAUAUAAGGAAGAAAUUUACAAAUAAUGUCCCCAUUAGUUAGAAGACGAUAAUUAACAAAAUGGAUCACCAGGAAGAAUCCAUAGCUCGUAGGGGACUGCCUAUCAGGUGUUUUCAAAAUGAUUAUCAUUCUAAUGGUCCUUCCUUGUCCCUUCCUUCAUCACAACACAUAAACACGGGACGGCCCACAAUUCGUAUUGCUGUUUACAUAAUGUCAGGAGUAUUUUUGACUAUGGAAAUAGAAAAGGGAUGGACAGCUCAACAAAUACUCUCAGUUGUACAAUCAGAAGCCGAUUUAGGGCAAGCAAGAGCACCUCCAGUUGUAGGACAGCCCGUUUUUGCUUUAUGGCUCUGUUCUAAACAAUUGGAGGUCCAACUUCGACCAACUCACAAACCGUUAGAAAUCGCAGCAAAGUGGCGGCGACUCAUCCAAAAAUACGGGGCCUUCGAUGAGAUAGAUGAAGAACCCGUAUUGCACUUUCGAAGAAAUGUUUUUCUCUCCCGACGAGACGAGGAACAAAUCAAAGAGACAAAAGUGCUGGAACUAUUGUAUGCCGAAGCCAGAAAUAAUGUCCUGGAAGGCAGGUAUCCGUGCGAAGGGCAAGCGCGGUAUGCAAGUUUGGGAGCUCUUCAAGCUCGCGUCGAACUUGGGCCUUACAACGCUCAAACUCACACCUUGGCAUACUUCAGAAGACAUCGUGGAAGGUUCUUACCACAUCAUUAUACAUCUCCGGGCCUACUACUAGGAUUGGGAUUUGGAUUGGGCCUAGUUGGAGGAAAGGGUGCACCAGAAGCUCGUCUCCUGGAACAAUAUAAACGUAUACCCAAUCACACCGGCACCAACAGUAACUCGCGGAAACUCGUAAGGAAGUAUCUAGAGUUCUGCUGGGGCCUACCUUGCUACGGUGCAGCAUUUUUCCAUGGACAAAUUGAACGUCCCGUCCGGGGCCUCAUUUCGUGGAUCACACACAGAGACCUCCCCGUUUUAAUAGCGAUUAAUACCUCGGGUGUGUACAUAGUCGACGAUAUGCAAUGUAGGCUGUUGCUGGGUCUGAAGUACUCUGAACUGAGCUGGGAGAUGGCUAAACCUUCGGACGAAGGGAAUCCUAACUGUCUGCCUUGUCUCUUCCUGCAAUUUUCGGUGCGGGAAAACGGAGCCCGGGUUUACAAAAUCCUACAAGUAUUCUCGAGACAAGCAAUAAUGAUAGAUACUUUGAUAUCCGGGUUUGCCGAAGAGAGUAGGAAUAAUGAGAUCGGUGGAGACGGCAGUAACUGCAACAGGUCGGUCGACAACUCGGUGGCAUCGAAUGUAGGAAACUUUACCAACAAGCUCAGCAAAUUUACAUUGGCGACGUUCGAUGACGAAGGCCGAUGUAUCGGGCAGAUGGGUUCCUGGUCGUUUCAAUGAAAUCAUGCUAUAUACGGAACACCUCAUAAUUCACAUCUUUUGUUGUAUUUUCGUGUUUUCAUCAUUAAAGUGUUUUAAUAAAG